CGCAUACGAGACCGUGUUCUUUUCAUGUACAUAUCUGAUCAACCAUCAUCACCCCAUAUUUCUUAUAAAGGUUCAUCCAGUAUCGGUAAUAGUCGAUUCAACCACAUGGUACACGUACACCAUCCCUCCUCUUCAUCAACUAAGUGAAACCAGCUAUGUCAACCCCAACAAACACACCAACUAAGGGAACUCCAUCGAAAUCCAACACCACCCCAAAGAAAGAAACGUUAGAAACAGAACCUUGGCAGGACGCCAUUUACACAGGGCUGUAUCACUCUUCCCUUGGGCUAAGGGAGAAAGCGUCGGCUGCCAUUGAGAAGGGUUUUCGUUUAGCCAAUGCUGCCAUUUCGAAGGUACAGAAUCAGGCAAACACCUUGUCUGCCAAGGUCGCCUCUCUUGAAGCAAGAGAGCGACAUUUAGUCAAGAAGCUAACCGCAACGCAAAACACAAACGACCGCCUGCUCCUUAAAAUUGGCCAUCUUGAUGCAACUAUCCAGAGCCUGCAGGAUGAGGCUGAUGACAAACUGUUAGCAAAGUUUGAUGCACCAGUUGAGGCACCUGAAGAGGACAAUGUUGCAAAUCAAAAAGACGGAAAUGAUCAACCUGAUGAGGAAAUGGUUCAGAAUUAGACCGGUUAAUGUUGAGACUUUUGCCUACUGCAAGGAU